AUGAUUUCCAUACAGAUUGUAUAUAAUUUGACAAACCAGGUCCAGCAUCCACAGGAUCCGGUAUCCAAUUAUCAUCAUCAUCUAAAUUGUAUUCAUCAUCAUUUUGAUUUUCUAUGGGAAUUUCAGUACGUCCCAAUUCAUCAACCAACUCCAUCAUCUCCAACCACCUCUCCUUCAUUAACUCCACCUAUAACAACUCCACCUUCAUUAAACCCAUCUACAACAAUUCCUUCUUCAUUAACCCCAUCUAUAACAAUUCCUUCUUCAUUAACCCCGUCUAUAACAACUUCCCCUUCAUUAACCCCAUUGUCUCUACAACUACAAAGAGUUUCAAUUGAUGAGUCUCAAGCAUACGAAGAAGAACCACCUCCACCCUACGAACCUAAUCCUAAGUUUGAAUUUACUGGUCCUGAUAUUAAAGUGACUCGUAAUGAAUCGUAUGAUGAUGGAAUUGAUCCUUAUGUAGCUAGAAAACUAGCUCCAACAUCAAAUCCACAAUCAUCAAUAGCAAAUUCACGAUCAUCAACAUCAAAUUCACAAUCAUCAACAUCAAAUUCACAAUCAUCAUCAUCAAAUUCACAAUCAUCAUCAUCAAAUUCACAAUUAUCAACAUCGGAUUCACAAUCAUCAUCAUCAAAUUCACAAUCAUCAACAUCUGAUUCACAAUCAUCAUCAUCAUUGAAACAAAAUCAUCCAAAUAAACAACAACAACUUGAACCAACUAGUCCGGCUAUAGUAGCCCAACCAAUCCCAAAUCCACAAAAUCCACAAAUAAGUUCAAGCAGAUCUCCUCAAAGAAACCCAAAUCCUCAAAAUACUCAAAUCAGAUUAAGCAAGUCGCCUCAACCAAAUCAUAGUUCACAACCAAGACCAAAUAGUCAACCUCAACCAAAACCAAAUAGACCACAUAAUCUACAACCAAAUCAACCAACUCCAUCAUCUCCAACCACCUCUCCUUCAUUAACUCCACCUAUAACAACUCCACCUUCAUUAAACCCAUCUACAACAAUUCCUUCUUCAUUAACCCCAUCUAUAACAAUUCCUUCUUCAUUAACCCCGUCUAUAACAACUUCCCCUUCAUUAACCCCAUUGUCUCUACAACUACAAAGAGUUUCAAUUGAUGAGUCUCAAGCAUACGAAGAAGAACCACCUCCACCCUACAACUUUAAUCCAAUCUAA